AUGAUCACCAAGGUUCUGUAAGUAGAUAACCGUGCAGCGACCAUACGUUUCGUUCUCCUGGGAUUUCCAACAUGGCCAGCCUUCCAGUGGUUGCUCUUCCUUGUUCUCCUGGCAGCGUACCUGCUGACCCUGCUGGAGAACGCUCUCAUCAUCCUGGCCAUUUGCAGUGAUGGGCAGUUGCACAAGCCCAUGUACUUCUUCCUGAGCAAUCUUUCCUUCCUGGAGAUGGGGUAUGUCACAGUCAUCAGCCCCAAGAUGCUGAUAGACUUCCUCAGCCAUGAUGAGACCAUCUCCUUCAACGGCUGCAUGACUCAACUUUACUUCUUUGUGACUUUUGUCUGCACAGAGUACGUCCUCCUUGCUGUCAUGGCCUUUGACUGGCAUGUAGCCAUCUGUAAUCCACCACGGUACCCAGUUAUCAUGACCAACCAGCUGUGUGGUACAUUGGCUGGGGGAUGCUGGUCCUGUGGGCUUGUGACUGCCGUGAUUAAGAUGGUUUUCAUAGCUCGACUCUACUACUGUGGCACGCCCCACAUCAGUCACUACUCUUGUGAUAUUUCUCCGCUUCUCAGUGUCUCCUGGGAGGACUCCUCACAGGCUGAGCUAGUAGACUUCCUCUUGGCCCUCAUGGUCAUUGCCGUCCCCCUUUGUGCAGUGGUGGCAUCUUAUGCCACCAUUCUCAACACCAUCCUCAGGAUCCCUUCUGCCCAGGGCCGCCAAAAGGCGUUUCCCACCUGUGCCUCUCACCUGACAGUUGUAAUCCUUUUCCAUUCCAUGACCCUUUCCACGUAUGCCCGCCCCAAGCUCAUGUACAACAAAGCAGUAUCUGCGCCCUACGCGGUCGUUGUCCCCCUCCUCAACCCUAUCAUGUACUGUCUGAGCAACCGUGAAGUGAGGGCAGCCCUUAAGCAGACCAUAUUUUGCAAAGGACGUGGGCCCAGGGAAGACAUGGCUUUGAGUAAUUAA